AUGUCGAGCGCUCUCGAGGGCCUCAAGGCCACCGCCGAGCGCAUCGUCCUCAACCCGAAAUACCACGACAUCCUCGCCGUCGUCAAGGCCGCCCGCAAUGGCGCCGUCUACGGAACCAAAGUGCGCUUUCCGCACGCGCUUGUAAUGAUACUGCUAUUUCGGUCUGGAACCCUCCGCGAAAAGGCCUGGCUCAUCUUCCGCGCGACAAGGACACACGCCCGCAACCUGGCCAAGUUUGCGACCGUCUACAAGGCGACAUGCAUGCUGCUCAAGAACUACGGCGCAACGCCCGGGAAAGAAGGCAAGCCCUGCCCCAGCCCCUACGACAGCUUCGUCGCCGGCCUUCUCGGCGGGUACCUCGUGUUCGGGCAGCGGUCGCGGCGGUCUGGCAAGAUCUCGAGCGUGAACCAGCAGAUCGUCAUCUACGUGUUCGCGCGCGUCGUGCUGGCGCUGGCGCACCUGGCCGUCAAGCCCGGCCACGGCCUGCCGGGCGUCUCGGAGCCGCACGCCAGCGCUACCAUCAGCCACCUCGCCUGGCCGCUCUUCGCCAGCGCCUCGUGGGCCGCCGUCAUGCACCUCUUCCGCUGGCACGCCGACGAGCUCCAGCCCAGCCUCCGCAGCAGCAUGACGUAUAUCUAUGCCAACGCCGACUCGUGGGACAGUCUGCGCAACUUUGCGUGGCAUAAUAAAUGA